CCGUGCGCCUUGUUUUUUCUGAUAGGCCGCUAGGUGAGGCGGUUUGUGAGUUUUGGGUCGCAGUAUACUAGAAUUUUGAGGUUUCCUUCCGGUGAAAAUUGAGCUGUCCGUGCAGCCAUGGAACCCGGGUUACAGCAGUGAGGGGGCCGCGACUCAAGAAACUUACACAUGUCCAAAAAUGAUUGAGAUAGAGCAGGCGGAGGCCCAGCUUGCUGAGUUAGACCUGCUAGCCAGUAUGUUCCCUGGUGAGAAUGAGCUCAUAGUAAAUGACCAACUGGCUGUAGCAGAACUGAAAGAUUGUAUUGAAAAGAAGACAAUGGAGGGGCGAUCUUCAAAAGUUUACUUUACUAUCAAUAUGAACCUGGAUGUAUCUGAGGAAGCAAUGGCGAUGUUUUCUCUGGCCUGUAUUCUUCCUUUUAAAUACCCAGCAGUUCUGCCUGAAAUUACUGUCAGAUCAGUAAUAUUGAGUAGAUCCCAGCAGACUCAGCUGAACACAGAUCUGACUGCAUUCCUGCAAAAACAUUGUCAUGGAGAUGUUUGUAUACUGAAUGCCACGGAGUGGGUUAGAGAACACGCGUCUGGCUAUGUCAGCAGAGAUACUUCAUCUUCACCCCCCACAGGAAGCACAGUCCAGUCAGUUGACCUCAUCUUCACAAGACUCUGGAUCUACAGCCAUCAUAUCUACAACAAAUGCAAAAGAAAGAAUAUUCUAGAGUGGGCAAAGGAGCUUUCCCUGUCUGGGUUUAGCAUGCCUGGAAAACCUGGUGUUGUUUGUGUGGAAGGCCCACAAAGUGCCUGUGAAGAAUUCUGGUCAAGACUCAGAAAAUUAAACUGGAAGAGAAUUUUAAUCCGCCAUCGAGAAGACAUUCCUUUUGAUGGUACAAAUGAUGAAAUGGAAAGACAAAGGAAAUUUUCCAUUUUUGAAGAAAAAGUGUUCAGUGUUAAUGGAGCCAGGGGAAACCACAUGGACUUUGGUCAGCUCUAUCAGUUCUUAAAUGCCAAAGGAUGUGGGGAUGUUUUCCAGAUGUUUUUUGGUGUAGAAGGACAAUGACAGUAAGAGUAGUUGAAAGUAUCUUGUCACUGUUAGUCUUUUGAUUUUUUUUCCCACUUUUUCUUGAAAGAUUAAGUAAGUAAUUUUAUUUUAGUUCCAUUCUAGAACGUUGGGGAGUGGGGGACAAGAAAAAAUAGUAUAGCUGAAAUGCAUCUGUUAAAAAUGUCAUGAUUGAAAGCAGAACUGAGUUUUAAAUUACAACCUUAAAAUUGUUAGAUAUUUCUUCACAUAUCAGCUGCCCAUUUUGAAAAAGAAAUGAUCCACAAAGGUGAUGUUGGUGCUCCAAUUUGCCAGCCAUUCCCAACCCCCUUCUCCCUUACCUGCCUUCACUAAAGAACCCAGAAAAGCUAAUUGUUUCCCUUUCAGCCUCUGUUGCAACUAACAACUCUCAGUGGCCUCAGGACACAGCUUUGGCCUUGGGAAUUCUGGGAAAACUUUUGCUUCCUGAUUAAAGAAACAUAUGCAGCUAGGCCACCUCCUCCCCCUCUUACUUUUAUAAACGCCAAAGUGAUGGCUGGAGCUGGAGGAGUUAUUUGAACUAUGAUAGAAGGAAGGACUAAGAGAACCACGAAGAUGCCAGUUGCCAUGUUGUUGAGCUGCUGACCCAACACCAGCCACUGCCUAUCUCUAGACGUCUUAUGAAAUAAAACCAGUUUUGUUUAAUUUCUAGGCUUUUUUUUUUUUUUUUAAUAGACGGAGUCUUGCUCUGUCACCCAGGCUGGAGUGCAAUGGUGCGAUCUCGGCUCACUGCAACCUCCGCCUCCCAAGUUCAAGCGAUUCUCCUGCCUCGGCCUCCCGAGUAGCUGAGAUUACAGGGGCCUGCCACCAUGCCUGGCUAAUUUUUGUGUUUUUAGUAGAGACGGGGUUUCCCCAUGUUGGCCAGGCUGGUCUCGAACUCCUGACCUCAGGUGAUCGCCCGCCUCGGCCUCCCAAUGUGCUGGGAUUACAGGCAUGAGCCACCACGCCCAGCCAAUUUCUAGGCUUUUUACUAGCAGUUGAAAGCUAGUUUGUCAAAUAGAGUUUUUCAGAGCUUUAGUUUUGCAUUUACCCCAGCCUUUUGAUACAUAAAUAGGUGAAGUUUUUCUGAAGUGGAGUUUGCAGUUCGUCUCGUUUUGUAUACUCACGCUCUGCCCCUGUUCCUGGGCUUGCCUCAGACAAGGCUGAGGCACGAGUAGGGCUUAAACUUUUUUAACAAGCGUCAACAAUUCAUCAAAUUAGUAAUUUAGAAGAUUUAUUUGGCAAAUUGUAUUCUGACAUUUUUUUGUUCUGGAAAUGGCUUUCCGUAUACUUCUUUUUGCCAAAUUUUGACCUACCAUUAAACACACCACUCAGUUUUUAAGGACCUCCAUAAAUUGGUUCCAAAAGCAUUUAUUAUUUAUUAAUUUGCUAGCACGCAGGUUGAUACCAGGUGUUGGAUAUUUCUUGACCAGUCAGACUUGGUUGAGGAAUGGAGUUGGGGUGAGAAACAAUGCAUUAAGUUAGUAAAAAGUUGGAGGCAAACUAUGCUUAUCACAAAAUGAAUCAGUAAGUGAAAGAUAGCAUAUAUUAUGUAAUACAAUGUAGAAAUCUGAAGGAAUAAAAUGGAAGAAGGCAAUGUGGAUAGAUCUUAAAUAUAAAGGUUAUUAAACAUAAAUGAGGGUCAGAAUGGUAUUUAAAGCACAGUGCUUGUAUUGGACCUAAACCUUAUGUACCUCCCCAGAUUUCCUCCCUGCUGCCCAUUCCUAUUGCCCUGUCAGUUGCCCUGGAAAUCCCAGUUCCUCUGCUGCCACCAGACAGCCAGAUGGACCAGUUGUGUGUCUAGUUUCUGAUUCCUCCAGUGACUAACAGAUUUGUAUGAAAUACCCUACAGAGAAUGGAAUCUGACAUUCCUACCACCAAAGGGGGCAGAUGAUGCAUAUAUUACUUUAAGCAGCUAAAGUGGCAACUAAACCGCUAAAACUUUUUCAGUUUCUGUACAUUAUAUUAAAAACCAGAUUGCUAUGCAUAAUAUGCAGAUCUCAAAUGUCACAUAAACACAUAGAAUGCAACAGAGUAGUUUUACAAGUUUUAUUUCCUGGGACAUCAGUCAAAUUUAGACGUUUAUGAUUAAGUCAUACUAAGCCAGGGAAGUACAGAUUUUCCAAUCUUGUGAUGAGAAAGUUCCUUUGAGAAUGGAUAAAUGUAGUGAAAUGUUAGAAAUGUUAAGAGUAUAAGCAAUAUAGCUUUCUUAGGUUUCUUUUUUUUUUUUCUGGAGACAGACUCUGUCUGGAUCUGUCACCCUGGCUGGAGUGCAGUAGUGCAAUCCUGGCUUACUGCAACCUCCGCCACCUGGGGUUCAAGUGAUUCUCCCACCUCAUUCUCCCAAGUAGCCGAGAUUACAGGUGCGUGUUACCACACUCGCUACUUUUUGGAUUUUUAGUAGAGACGGGGAUUGACUAUGUUGGCCAUGCUGGUCUUGAACUCUUGACCUCAGAUGAUCCACCUGCCUCAGCCUCUCAAAGUGCUGGAAUUACAGGCGUGAGCCACCGCGCCCUGCCCAGUUUCUACCAAUGAUUAUAUACUUGAUAUAUAAACAUCCUUAAAUAUAAAAUGUUCUGUAUGAUUGCACAUAAAAAAAUUUGUUCAGCAAUGACGAUUUAUCAACAUAUUAAUGUAGUAACUAUUUUGAACUGGAAUCACCUAUAAAAAAUGAUAAAUCCUGAAAAA